CGUCGGCGUUAAGCAUUACGGAAAGCCUUGCGUCAUCACUUCCCAGCGCACGCUAUCAACCAUCCAUCUGUACUUUAUCCUUGACGUCUCUAGAGCUACCCCCUUCAAUUGGAACCCCCAAAGGCCAUCGACCUCACCACCUGAACCCCACCUCUUCACUCCCACCACCCAACAUGGGCAACCAAAUUUCCCAAAUAUUCCCGCCAACUGCGGCCUUCACUGAAUCCACCCUUCCCUCCGGCUCCCUGAAAGACAAAGUAUACAUCGUCACCGGCGCAUCCGCCGGCGUCGGAAAGGAACUAGCACGCCUUCUUUUCUCCCUGCACGGCACCGUGUACCUCGCCGCGCGCUCAAAAGAACGUGCCACCACCGCCAUCGACUGGAUCAGAGAGAGCCACCCAGAGUCAAAGGGACGGCUGGAGUUUUUGUACCUCGAGCUCGCAGAUCUGGAGAGUAUCAAACCCGCUGCGGAAGCCUUCCUCGCAAGAGAGAAGAGGUUAGACGUCCUGUUCAACAACGCAGGCGUGAUGGUCCCCCCCCAGGGCUCCAAGACAAAACAAGGCUACGAACUCCAAAUCGGAACGAAUUGUCUGGGGCAUUAUGCAUUUACCAAGCUCUUGACUCCCUUGCUGGUCCAAACAGCGAAGACCAGUGAGGCGGGUAGUGUGCGCGUUGUCUGGGUGUCUUCCUCGGCCGUCAUGGGAGCUCCGACGGGGGGCGUGGAUCUCGACAAUCUCGACUACAACAAGGAUAAAUUCGCGUUCCAGAAAUACUCGGUUAGUAAAGCCGGAAACGUGCUGCAUGCUCUACAAUUCCGGAAUUUGUACGAGAAGGAUGGGGUUAUCAGCGUGUCUCUCAACCCCGGGAACCUCAACUCAGAGCUCAACCGGCACACCGGCUGGCUCGGCGAGAUCGUCGUCAGACUCUUCACGUAUCCAGCUGUUAAUGGCGCGUACACCGAGUUCUUCGCUGGACUGUCGCCGGAGGUCAAGGCGUUGAAGCAGAAUGAAUGGGUGAUUCCGUUCGGUCGGAUAUCGCCCUUGAGAACGGACGUGGCCGAAGCGGGUCUUGAAGGCGGCAAAGCAGGGAAGUUCUGGGAGUGGAGCGAUUCGCAGGCCUCACGGUACUUGUGAGAACCUCACUCAGCCGUCGCCCAUGUGUCACAGCCGGUACAUAUAUACCAAUGCUACCCUGGCGCGAAGCAGGUCGUGCCGGAUUCCAUACUCGGUCGCGUGCCAUCUGUCGAUAUCCGUACCCUCAUUCCGCACCCGAAAAAGGUCUCAACAGGUACACUUCUCCAUCUAGGUUCCUCACUCUGUCAGCCAGGUCCGCAUCG